AUGCUUGCAACGAACAAACCGGUAGCUGAUGUCGACUCCGGCCGCAAACUUGGGAGACUUCCUUCGAGUAUUGAUGGCAGUGCAGGCUGUGCUCCUGACAUCCUUGCCCUCCUUGUCGACGCCCACCUACCCAAGACAUUCUGGGAGGAGGCUGCAGCUUAUUUCGUUUACUGCAAGAACCUGUGUCAACACGCGGCCCUGGACAAGGCAACACCAAACUCCGUCUGGCAGGGUGACCACACCACUGCCUCGGCGCUUCACCCGUUCGGCUGUACAGCUUGGCUUACGGUCGCGCCCGAACUUCGCUCCAAACUCGACCCGAAGGCGGUUCGCGUUUUUUUCACCGGCUACGACCUGGCUUCAAAAGCCUUUCGCUUCUACGACACUACAACACAGAAGAUUAUACUUGGCAGAAAUGCCACGUUCCUCGACACUGAAUUCCCCGGAUUACAUGGCGACCCCACUGAGCAAGACGGCGACACGCACUUCGCCAGCGCUCCCACCACCGAAUCUCAAACCGUUGUCAAGACAUGGACCCCACUAGUAAGGUCGGCGCACAUGGACGUCUCAUCCCCCCUUGAUGAUUCUGCCAUGAGCGCCGUUGACGUGGCCCCAGGGUACACUGGCGGAACCUUACUUAACUUCACAGAUGCCGAAUCGUCCUCGUCACCGUCGCCUGCGUCGCCCUCAUCACCGUCGUCUGCGCCAUCGCCUGCACUUUCACCAUCGUCGGCUGCGUCAUCGUCACCCUCGGCCUUACCGACCGACUCUGAAGACUCCGCCGAUCCCCUCGACCUCCUCGGCUCACAGCCCCAGGUUCGCCUCGAUCUACAGGACGUGCACCACCCAGACUUCAGCACGUACCGCGAGCCCGCAUCGGCUGAGGAGUCGCCCGACGAACUCGACCUCAUUGGGCGCCACUCUCGCGACGAAUCUCCGGACGAAAUCGAUUUCCUCACCCGACACCACCGCGCCUUCAUCGCCAUCGACGACGACACCUCUGACACAGAGGCAAUUCAGCCAGUCAAGUCCAUCACGAGCGACCCACAGACCUGGCGCGAGGCGAUGUCUAGCGACAAGCGUGAAGUAUGGGCCAAAGCCGCCACCGACGAGUUCACCUCCAUGCGCGACGACUUCAAGGUCUUCACCAUCGAGGACCGAGCCACGGUGCCCGCGGGUGCGACUAUCGUUACAUCCAAGUUCGUCUGGAAAACGAAACGGAACGCACUCGGCGAAGUCACUGGACACAAGGCAAGGCUGGUCGCGCAAGGCAAUCGGCAACGCGACGGCAUCGACUUCAACGAAACGUUCGCACCGGUCGCACGCUUCUCCUCGAUACGCUCACUCCUCGCGCUGGCGGCCGCCAACGGCUUGCACGUGCACCAGGCGGACAUCGACAAAGCAUAUCUGCAUGGCGACCUUGACCACGACAUCUGGAUGACGGCACCGCGCGGCUUCGACCUUCCCAGCGACAAGGUGCUUCGCCUGCGACGCUCCAUCUACGGGCUCAAACAGGCUGGCCGAAUCUGGAAUCGACACAUCGACGCUUCGCUUCGGGCCCUCGGUUACACGGCGACGGGCACCGACCACUGCGUAUACUCUUGGCUCGAUGAUCGUCAAUGUCCACACUACAUCGCACUGUACGUCGACGACCUCCUGAUGAUCAGCCCGGAACUGGCCGAAAUCGAACGUGUCAUCUCAGGCCUGGACCAACGCUACGGAGUCAAGCGCCUCGGCCCGGCCGAGUAUAUCCUCGGCAUCCAGAUCAGGCGGUUCGACGACGGCUCUAUCGCCCUAUCCCAGGAACGGUACAUCAUGGACGUGCUCGCUCGGUUCCACUUCGACACCACGACUCGCGGCACUACAGUUCCGAUGACUCCCGGCCUUUCGCUCACUGCUAUCCCGGGUCAAGGCACCGAACGGAUCAGGUCAUGGUAUCUGCAGGCUAUCGGCUCGCUCCUCUACAUUUCGCUCGGUACCCGCCCUGACAUCGCCUUCGCCGUGUCCUACCUGGCCCGCUUCGCCAACAACCCCGGUCGUCGUCAUUGGAUUGCGGUCAAGCACAUCCUACGCUAUCUCCGGGCCACGUAUCGCAACGAACUCGUGUAUGCUCGCGGCCAGGCUCGCAUCACGGGUGUGGUAGGCUACUCCGACGCGAACUGGGGGGCCUGCAUCGACACAUCGGUGUCCACCAUGGGCUACGUCUUCUACAUCGCUGGCUCGGCCGUGUCCUGGUCGUCCAAACGCCAGUCUCGAGUUGCCGAUUCGACCACCGACGCUGAAUACCUCGCCCUCUCGCAUGCUGGCAAGGAAGGGAUUUACCUCAGUCAGCUGCUCGAAGAGCUCCAUGUACAACCUGUUGCACCGGCUCACAUCUUUACUGACAACGAAGCCGCUGCUGCAGUUGCUCACGAUCCUGUCCGCGUCUCUGGCACUCGGCACAUACGCUUGCGUGAGCACUUCGUUCGGGACAUGGUGAAUCGGGGCGACAUCUCUCUCUCGCAUGUGGGUACCAGCGACAUGGUGGCCGACAUCUUCACCAAGGCUCUCGGCCCAAAGGUCUUCUCAACGCACUGCUACGCCCUCGGCCUUCGCACUCGACACCCGCGGCUUGGGUCUGCCUCGCAUUCGCGUGGGGGGGGGUGUGAAGAGUCCACUCUCAGCUCGACAGGGGCGCCUCGGUCGUUGCGCGCACUUGCUAGUAUUCGAUCAACUCUACUACGUCAGCGAUGUAGUUAUAGCCAAGAGUCAUGAAUGCAUUUCAACAUACCUAUUCGAUCAACUCUACUACGUCAGCGAUGUAGUUAUAGCCAAGAGUGAUGAAUAG